AUGAAUGGAUUGGGUUUUCGGACAAUUGGUUUCACUGUUGACAUCGAUUCAGAUGAUAUCCAAAAUAUACCAAAUCCGCCGACAAUUAAAUUAGAAGAGUUGGCCAUCAGUUUGAAAGAUAUAUCCAUUAAAAGUCGUCUUAACGUUAGAGUCGAUGAACACAUCCAAACACAUCGACUGAAUAUCAUACUCUCUUCGGCAGCGGAGACCAGCUUUGCAUUGAGGGCUCCCAAAGAUGUCACUUAUUUAGGUUUAAUGUUCGGCUUAAACGGAGACCAAAGCAAAGCCGCUGUUUUCCGGAAUCCAACCAAAGUGUUAAAGCAUUCAGAAAUCCGUAAAAAUGUAAAUAUGGGAACAAUUUGUAUG